AUGGGGAGGUCUCCGGAAUUGGCCAAUAUAUCCAGAAAUCAGGAUUUUAUUCUCCUGGGUUUGUCUGUCAGGCAAGGCGUAAGGGAUGGUGCAUUUGCCAUCUUCCUGAUUCUCUAUCUUCUGAUUCUCCUGGAGAACACACUCAUCAUCUACCUCAUCUGCAGCCACAGUGAUCUCCACAAGCCAAUGUACUUCUUCUUGGGCAACCUCAGCUGCCUGGAGAUGUGCUACGUGUCAGUGACCAUGCCUAGCCUGCUCAUGGGCCUGAAGUCCAGUCCCUGCCAUGUGCCUUUCACAGCCUGCAUAAUUCAGCUUUUUUUAUUCAUCUCUCUCAUUGGUACCAAGUGCACCCUCCUGGCCUCCAUGGCCUAUGACCGCUACGUGGCCAUCUGCCACCCACUCCACUAUCCACUGCUCAUGCGGCCCCAGAUCUGCAUGGGAUUAGCCUUGUCCUCAUGGCUUGGUGGGCUUCUGGUCUCAGUGGUCAAGACCACAUGCAUUGCCAGCCUUUCCUACUGUGGCCCCAACAUCCUCAACCACUUCUUCUGUGAUGUCUCCCCUCUGUUCAACCUGUCCUGCACCCACGUGGCCCUGACAGAGCUGGUUGACUUUAUCUCCGCCGUCAUGAUCUUCUGUGGAACCCUGCUUGUCUCCUUGGCCUCCUACUCAGCCAUUGGUAGGGCUGUGCUCUGCAUGCCAUCAGCUGCUGCCCGCUGCAAAGCCCUCUCUACCUGCACCUCCCACCUGGUUGUGAUGGGCAUCUUCUACUCAGUGGUCCUCUUCAUGUAUUCCCGACCGAGCCACAUCCAAUCCACAGACCUCAACAAGGCGCUGUCAGUCAUCUACACGGUGGUCACCCCCAUGUGCAGCCCGAUCAUCUACUGCCUGCGGAACAAGGAAGUCCACACAGUGCUGCGAAAGACCCUCCACCAGCGCUGA